GUCGACGCGCACGAGGCGGUCGGUUCAGUGACAAGAGGUGCAAAGUUGAAUCGGUUUCAGUCAGUCGACCGUGACCCAUACAGUCCGAGCAGUGACCGGUUUCCGCUGCUCGAGCUGUGAGGGGGGGAAUGCGGACCACUCAGCUCCAUUCAGCUUCUUUUCAGUCUUUUGGGGCAGCUUAUGUGAACUAAUAGUGGAGAAAGUCAGGUCACCGGAUGAAAUCAUACGUCGACAAAAAUGUCGCGUUUUCUAAUUCGCUUCUCCUCUAUCGUUUCCAACGGAGCGACUGUCAAAUCAAUUUUACCUCAUAAGAGGAUAUUUGUAGGGAUUCGGCUGGUGUCUACUUCAACGGGUCUGCAGUCCCUGACCCGCUAUGACCAGUCCACAGACUGGCAGAGGAAGCUGACUCCAGAACAGUAUGUUGUUACAAGAGAAAAAGGCACAGAGGUGCCAUUCAGUGGUAUAUACUUGAAUCACAAUGAGGUUGGCAUGUACCACUGUGUUUGCUGUGACUCCCCUCUUUUUAGCUCAGAGGCGAAAUAUGAUUCAGGAACUGGUUGGCCGUCCUUCUGCGAGGCUCAUGGGACAUGGGAAAAAGACGAGAGUCACGCCAACAUCGUCCGUCGCCCUGACAACUCACUCGGUAGCACGGGAACGGAGGUUAUCUGCAAACAUUGUGAUGCCCAUCUCGGGCACGUCUUUGAAGAUGGUCCAGAUCCGACUGGCCAGCGUUUCUGCAUCAACAGCGUUGCUCUAAACUUUAAACCCAGAGAGAAAUAAUGUAGAGACAUCCAGCAGAAAACUCUGCAUUUACAGUUAUUCCAUGCAAAUGAAGAAAACAAAUAGCAUUUGAAUAACAUGCUCACUGUGGUAUGCUAUGAGUUACAGUUUACAAUGUUUAUGGUGGAAAAAACAUUUGGAGAUUGUGUUUUAUGAAGAGCACUCUUAAAAAUGAAGGUUUAAUUUUUUUUUUUUUUGCAGCAGCAGCAGUGGCAGUUUAAUUAAUUAUAGAACCUUUCAAUGAAUAAUUCUUAAAAGAACAAUUUGUUUUAGUGCAAAGAGCAUUUUAAAAUUCUGAAGAAUUCUUUCCAGUGUAAAGAACCUGUUGGAAAAGAUGUUAAAGUAUCUUAUUGGAACCAGAUGGCAAUAAAAAUCUUUGUGUUUAAGAGUGAGCUUGACUAAACAUCUCGCACGAAAGUGUGAUUAAGUUCUUGUGCACUGUAAUGUUGCAUUAUAUCAUGUAUUUUUAAAUACAUUAAAAUCAGAUGAUGCGCACUUUAUAACAACAACAACAACAAAAGAUUGUAAAUCAGGUUGCAUUAAAAUGAACAUUGUCAGAAA